AUGUCUAUCACUCGUGAAGCCAUCUGGGCAGCAGCGCCCUCCACCACUCGAGGUUCGCCGACACCGCUCAGCUCGGACUCGAAAGGACAACGGAUAGCCUAUGCCUCGAACAAAUCUGUCUUCGUCCGAAGCAUCGACAAUCCUUCGGAAGCAAAGCAGUAUACACAACACACGGCCCAAACCACCGUCGCCCGCUUCUCGCCUUCCGGCUACUAUGUCGCCAGUGGAGACGUGACAGGCAGCGUACGAGUAUGGGAUGCUCAUGGCGCCGAGAACAGCAAAGGUGAAUAUCACAUCAUCGCCGGACGGAUCAACGAUCUAGCAUGGGAUGGCGACAGUCAACGUAUCAUCGCUGUCGGGGAUGGCAAGGAACGCUUCGGCCACUGCAUAACAGCAGACUCUGGUAACAGUGUGGGUGAGAUCAGUGGACAUAGCAGUCAAAUCAACUGCGUAAGCAUACGGCAGCAGCGACCGCUACGAGCUGCUACGGGAUCCGACGAUACGAGUCUGUGCUUCUUCCAUGGUGCUCCGUUCAAGUUCAAUACCAGUGUAAGAGGAAAGCACGAUAAGUUCAUCUACGGUACGCAGUUUAGUCCAGAUGGGGACUGGUUGGUCAGUGUUGGAAGCGACCGAAGGAUAUGGCUGUACGAUGGCAAGACUGGUGAGGCUGUCAAGCAGAUUGGUGAAGGUGAGCACAAAGGUAGCAUUUUCGGCGUGAGCUGGGCGCCCGAUAGCAAGAAGUUUGUCACGUGCAGUGGUGAUCAGACUGUUCGGAUAUGGGACGUUGAUUCCGAAAAGUGUCUUCAGACUUGGCGGAUGGGUGACGAAGGGAGUGUAUCGGUACAACACCAGCAGGUGGGUGUGACGUGGCCCGCAGGCAGAAGCGAUGGUCUAAUCAUCUCGAUUGAUUUGGGUGGCAACCUCAAUUACUUUCAGGAGGGCAAAGAGAAGCUCGUCAAGGUCGUACGCGGACAUCAGAAAGCUAUCACGGCGGCCGCGGUGUCGCAAGACAGUAAGACGUUAUGGACAGGAAGCUAUGAUGGACGGGCUCAAGCUUGGGAUCUCAAUUCCGGCGCUGCUGAGCCAAUAGACGGGGAGGCGCAUUCUAACUAUGUCGCCGGUAUUGCUGCGUCUCAAGAUGGUCGAAUAUACAGUGUCGGCUGGGACGAUACACUACGCACUAUCGAUGCCGCUCAAAGAUCUUCCCUUGGCAACGCAGUCAAGACUGGAGGACAGCCGAAAGGCGUGGCUGUAGCAAUGGUUGGCGGCAAGCCACAUACGCUCGUUGCGACAGUGAGCGGCCUCAUCACGUACGCAAACGGCAGCGAAGUUGGCAAGCAAUCACUACCUUCAUCACCAACAUGUCUCGCAGCAUCAGGCGAUCUCGUGGCCGUGGGCUGCGAAGACAAGCUUGUCCGCAUCCUCAAGGCUUCAUCUGCUUCAAAGUUCGAAGCAGUAGCCGAAUUGAAGGAAUCUACCCAGAUAAUCUCGACGGUGGCAUUCGCACCAAGCGGGAAACAUCUCGCAGUCGGUCUCUCAAAUGGCAAGAUCUUCGUCUACAGCAACAGCUCUGGCUCAUGGGCACUGGAGACCAACAGAUGGUCGGCACAUACUGGUCGUGUGACGACAAUCGCAUGGUCACCUGACAGUAGAAAAGCUGCAAGUGGAAGUCUGGACACCAAUGUUAUGGUUUGGAGUCUAGCAGAUCCUGGCAAGAGGGUGAAAGCACUGAAUGCUCAUCAAGAAGGUGUCGGUGGAGUGGCAUGGGCAGAUAACGAGCGCGUAGUUUCUUGCGGUGCCGAUGCGGCUGUCAAGUUGUGGGCUGUGGAUGGUGUACCUUAG